CACUCGAAGGCCCAACUAUAGGUAGUCAGUUUCACGCGCAAGUUAGACUAGUUAAGUCGACUUUCUCUCGCCACUUUCGACUGCGUUUUCCGUACCUACCCCUCAUCCACACACAUCUCUAUCUUAGCUUCUGUCUAUACUUUUUGUUCUGCACCAAUUUUUCUUGCCUUCCUUUUUCCAACCACACAUAUUGGAAUCGUGCCUGAAACUCACAUCCUUCUAGUUUAUACUCCCAAGGAGUCUAUUCGGGCUGCUUCCAAUGUCAUGUUGCAUAAUUGACAUUUAGCGCUAAUUCCAUAGCCCUCGAGCGAAUUUUUGAGAGCAUUCUCGAAGAUAAUCCAAUCUGCCAUCACCCUUGAGUUGUGUCACCAGCCCCGAGGAUUGCUACAAAACAAACAAUAUCCUCCGUUCCAUCCUCUGUUUUUCCUUGCUACUAUUACUCCAUCAUCUGUAUAUCUAUCCUUCAUCUCAUUGAGAUCUCCAGGGGGGAAAGCCCCUCCCUCCCCUUGUUUUGCAGUCACAACUCUCGAACUUUUCGGAUUUCCUCUCUUUGAUGGUGUUACGCAAAACAUCACUUGAAAGCGCCGGGAGAUCUUUGAACGCGCCAACAUUGUGUCAAUCGCAUACCGUGCUUCGCAUUGUAUCUAACCCAUAGGUAAACUCAAUGACGUUUAACAUCAGAAUUGGUCCUAGUCCUCAUGGCUCGGAUGGGUCUUCGAUAUCCGAUGAAGAGGAUUCUUCUGGAGUGCAGGUUUCACCUCCUUCUGACGUUGGGAGUCAUGACUACCAUGACCCAUACGGCGAAUGGGCGCACUUAUCGUACCCCGAUGAAAUAAAACCUUCCGAUUCUGCCUCUCGACCUAGGACAUCACAUCAAGCAAGAAAUCGUAAUCCGGUACGUGGCUUGUCUUCUGAUCGACGGCAUUCAACAAGACGUCAGUUUGCGCCGGAGCGUGAAUCAUUCCAACGUCGCUCUCGCCGCCAUCCUUCUCCAGAAUCUCCAGAGAGUAUAGACUCGGCGGAUGAAUAUGGUGCUCACUAUGGUCGGACGUCUAAUGAAAGAAGAUAUUGGUCACCAGCGGCCCGGGGACCAGGUUAUGCACGUAGCUCCUCGCCGGGGCCUUCAUAUACUUAUCCCAAUGGUGCUGUGCCUCAUGGUACAUUUGCACAUCCAAGCGCACCGCAACCCCCCUCCGAUCAACUCAUAAGAGUCGGCCAUAAUUAUCAACAUAGCCAGCCGCCGCCUUAUGGUCAUUCGGCUUAUGGCUAUAACCCUUCCAUGCCCCACGCCCACGGCCAUCCAAUGCCACCGUUUUUCCUUCAUGAUCACCACGGAGGACAGCAUGUGCAUCAUCCGACACCAUCUUCUCAUCUGCGAAGCGACGGUCACAGCUCGCCACAACACUCAAUCACUCAUCACAUGCCGCCAUCUCGUGGCCCCAUGCAAUAUGGCGGCCCGCCAUUAGGUCCCAAUGAAUUGGUCCCUUAUGGUCCAGGGAACUAUUAUCCAUUUAGGGAGCCAUAUGCAAUGGUUCCGGGGAUGCUUCCACCCUAUUUCAACAACUACCCUCGUGUGCCUUCUCCCAGCCAAGUUGAGUCGAAUGGAUCUCCAGCGCCACAACCUACAGAUCCUGCGAAAGAUGAGGCACUCGCGCGACUAGAGAAACUAAUAAUGGAUGAGAGAAUCGAGCGCGAGGCUAGAGAUUCUAGGGAAGCGGCACGCCAGGCUGCAAUCGAGCAGGAAGCCGCCGAGCAAGCUGCUAGAGAAGAGCGCGCCGCACAUGAGAAGAGAAUCACGGAAGCAGCCGCUGCUCAAGCUAGGGCAGAGGCAGAGCAAAAAGCCGCGGAAGAGGCUGCAAAAGCCAAGAAAGAGGCGGAGGAAGCAGCAGCAGCAGCAGCGGCAGCGGCAGCAGAGGAGGCGGCCGCAGCGGCUACCGACAAAGCAAAUGCAGCGGCAGCAGAAGCUGUUGCUGCUGCAACCGCAGCAGCUGCUAGUAAAUCCGCGGAAAAGAAAAAGCCAAUCAAAUUCAAAGAUGCCGUGGGUAGGAAGUUCAGCUUCCCCUUUGAUCUAUGUUGCACCUGGAAGGGAAUGGAAAAUCUCAUCCGCCAAGCUUUCCUCCACAUCGAGGUAAUUGGGCCUCAUGUCGCCGAAGGGCAUUAUGAUCUGAUCGGCCCAAAUGGCGACAUAAUACUUCCACAAGUCUGGGAAACCGUCGUUGAACCGGACUGGGCUAUAACAAUGCAUAUGUGGCCUAUACCGGAGAAACCCAAGGAUCCUGAUCCCGCCUCAUCUGCAGAGCCUCCUGGUUCUGAAGUUUCAGCCCCACCUCAACCUUCUGUGGCGCCUGCGGCAGAAGCUGCGAACCAGGGAGACUCAAAGAAAAAACUCGAAGGGAUAGGCGUUAAGAAACCCCGGCCGAAAGCCCCCGAUCCCGGGGCCUUCGCCAUGUGGAUGGUUGGCAACCACCGUGGGAAAAUCCAGAAGGCUUUAAAAGCGGGAAAAAAGCCUAAAGUAGCCGUCCAGCACGGAAAUUGCUGCCGUGUUAUGUGACGGACUGGGUCAUCGAAACAUAGUCGUCGCUCAGAUUUCCGGAAUCACACUUGACCCUGCAAGGUGGUUUGAGCUUUGGGCUAGAAAUACUUGAUUCGGUCUAGUUAUGUUCGUCUACUUUGGGGUGGCAUGGCUUUUCCUCUCGUCUUGACGGGAUUGGUUUCUCAUGCCUCGGGGGUUGUAGGUACAUUCAUGUUUUGUUUUACUAUAUCUGUGGACAGUCGUCAAUAUUGUGCGUUUCAUUUUUCUUUCUAGGUUGGGAAGCUUGGAGGCUUUCGUGGUGUUGGAAGUCAUGGAAGGCUUUAGCUUACUGUGACUUGCGGAUAUACCCUAUAGAGCAUUGAUUUGUCCAAUCGAUAUCGCAGAAAUCAAC